UCUAAAAGUAAAUUAGAUACACUCUUCCCCGACACGACACUCCUCGGAGACGAAGAAGAACCGCGGAGGGAGAGGGAAAAGAGGUUAGAGGAAGAGAUGAGGCUGAGAUCGUCUGUGGGGGCAUUGCUGCCAUUUGCAGCCAUGAUAGCGCUGGAGUGCUUGGAUGUAGGGAUGACAACACUGAGCAAAGCGGCUUUGUCUAAGGGGAUGAGUCAUUUCGUCUUCGUCGUCUACUCAAAUGCCCUGGCCACUCUCAUCCUCCUUUCUUCUUACAUCUUUCUCAGGAAGAAGAGACUUCCUUUAACCUUGCCUCUCCUCUGUAAAUUCUUCCUCCUCGCACUUGUCGGGAUAACAGUGAUGCAGAGCUGUGUAUAUACGGGUAUAAGCUACAGUUCUCCCACUCUUGGAUCCGCCAUCGGCAACUUGGUCCCUGCCUGCACCUUCAUUCUUGCUGUUAUUUUCAGGAUGGAAAAACUAGAUCUGAGAAGUUGGAGCAGCCAAGUCAAAAUCAUGGGCACUUUAGUAUCCAUCUCGGGGGCCUUGGUAGUUACCCUGUACAAGGGUCCGUCCAUCGGAACCACUCUUUCUUCAUCACAACUUCCAGACAAGAGAUUUUCAUCCUCUCCAUCCAACUCCUUGACCGGAAAUAAUUGGAUCCUUGGAGGAGUAUUCUUUGCAGUUGCUUCUCUAUCACUUUCUAUAUGGAACACUCUUCAGGCAGCGAUUGUUAGAGGGUACCCAGAUGAGACGACCAUAGUCUCCUUCUAUUGCUUGUUUGGGACCAUCCAAACUGCAGUGAUUUCGUUGAUUGCAGAGAGAGACCCCAAUGGUUGGAGUCUAGAGCUAGAUGUAAAACUCAUUUCAGUUGUCUACUCAGCUGUUUUCGGAAGCGUGAUAACUCCUUGGGUUAGUACAUGGUGCAUAGAAAAGAAGGGGCCUGUAUUUGUAGCCAUGUUCAGGCCCUUAGGAAUCGCUAUUGCAGCAUUAAUGGGUGUCAUAUUCCUCGGUGAUACGCUCCAUCUCGGAAGUGUGGUGGGCGCAAUUAUAAUUGCAGCGGGGUUUUAUGGUGUGAUAUGGGGACAGUCCAAGGAAGAGAAAAAUAGAGAAGAUGAUAAAGUUGAUGGUUUUGGGGCCUCCGUGGACAAAAUCCCCUUCUUGUCAAGCCAGGGAGAGGUGGUGGUAUAAUAAUACUAAUAAUGGAAAGCAAGCCAAAAUUCAGAAUGAUGCAUCUACUGACUCUUUACUCUAUCCUAUAUGUAAGCCCUUAUGACUAAUGGGAAAUCCUACAUCCCUUUUGUUACUGGUACAUUUCUCAAUUACUUAAAAUCUUUCUCUCCAUAAUUUCUACAACACAUUAGGAAGCCUCUCUGGUUUUCAAGCUACCGUGGCUAUGUUUGGUUUGAAGGAAAAGGUAGGGAAAGGAAAGGUUUGUAAAGGUUUCUCUACCUUUUCCUUCCUUUCCCUACAUUUUCCUUCAAAUCAAACAUAGCCUAGUGUACCUUCCUUAUCUGGUGCUAUUGCAUGAGGGAUGUCUUCUGUGUGGUGAUGUUUUAAAUUCCCAAAGCUCUCUUGGUUGUGCAACUUUCCAUGGCGAGAAAGAAUGGGGAGGGGGAGAGAUCGAGAUGAAGCAAUUCAAGACCUUGGUGACACGAAGAGAGCUGGGACAAGUUCUUCUGUAUGAGAGGGUCUUCAGAAUCUUCUCGUUUCGGAGCUCUCAAUCUUUAUAAUGUAUAUGUUUGGUUUCGUGGACAUUUAUUCUUGGGUAUUUAUUGUUUCAAGUGUUUAUUUUAACAAGUACUUUAAACGUUUCUUGUUUUUA